CUUUCCCUGUGACAGAGCCCUCUCUGUUUCUCCGCUCCCAGGUCACGUGGGGCAUGGAGCUGGAGAACGAUGAGCAGCCCGUGGUUCUGAGAGAGGACAAUCGCCGAAGACGCCGGAGGAUGAAGCCGCGCGGCUCCGCAGCCAGCCUGUCCUCCAUGGAGCUCAUCCCCAUUGAAUUCGUGCUGCCCACCAGCCAGCGCACCAGCAAGACCCCGGAAACGGUGCUGCUGCACGUGGCCAGCCACGGCAACGUGGAGCAGAUGAAGGCGCAGGUGUGGCUGCGCGCGCUGGAGAUCAGCGUGGCGGCCGACUUCUACCACCGGCUCGAUCCAAACCACUUCCUGCUGCUCUACCAGAAAAAGGGGCAGUGGUACGAGAUCUACGACAAGUACCAGGUGGUGCAGACCCUGGACUGCCUGCGAUACUGGAAGGUGCUGCACAGGAGCCCGGGCCAGAUCCACGUGGUGCAGCGGCACUCGCCCUCCGAGGAGACACUGGCCUUCCAGCGGCAGCUCACCGCCCUCAUGGGCUACGACGUCACCGACGUCAGCAACGUGCACGACGACGAGCUCGAGUUCACACGCCGCCGCCUGGUCACCCCGCGCAUGGCUGAGGUGGCCGGCCGCGACCCCAGGCUCUAUGCCAUGCACCCCUGGGUGACGUCCAAGCCCCUCCCAGAGUACCUGUUGAAGAAGAUUACCAACAACUGCAUAUUCAUCGUCAUUCACCGCAGCACGACCAGCCAGACCAUCAAGGUCUCUGCUGAUGACACCCCAGGAAUCAUCCUCCAGAGCUUCUUCACCAAGAUGGCCAAGAAGAAGUCUCUGAUGGAUAUCCCCGAGAGCCAAAACGAACAGGACUUUGUGCUGCGUGUCUGCGGCCGGGAUGAAUAUCUGGUGGGCGAAACGCCCAUCAAAAACUUCCAGUGGGUGAGGCAUUGCCUCAAGAACGGGGAAGAGAUUCACUUGGUGCUUGACACGCCCCCGGACCCAGCCCAGGACGAGGUAAGGAAAGAGGAGUGGCCGCUGGUGGAUGACUGCACGGGAGUCACUGGCUAUCAUGAGCAGCUGACCAUCCACGGGAAAGACCAUGAGAGCGUGUUCACCGUGUCCUUGUGGGACUGUGAUCGUAAGUUUAGGGUCAAAAUCAGAGGCAUUGAUAUCCCUGUCCUUCCCCGGAACGCUGACCUCACGGUUUUAGUGGAGGCAAACAUCCAGCAUGGGCAGCAAGUCCUUUGCCAAAGGAGAACCAGCCCCAAGCCCUUCACAGAGGAGGUGCUCUGGAAUGUAUGGCUUGAGUUCAGCAUCAAAAUCAAAGACUUACCCAAAGGGGCGCUACUGAACCUGCAGAUCUUCUGCGGCAAAGCUCCAGCAUUGUCUGGCAAGGCCUCUGCCGAGACCCCCAGUUCUGAGUCCAAAGGCAAAGCUCAGCUUCUCUAUUACGUGAACCUGCUGCUGAUAGACCACAGGUUCCUCCUGCGUCACGGGGAAUACGUGCUCCACAUGUGGCAGAUAUCCGGGAAAGGAGAAGACCACGGGAGCUUCAGUGCCGACAAGCUCACGUCUGCAACCAACCCCGACAAGGAGAACUCAAUGUCCAUCUCCAUUCUUCUGGACAAUUACUGUCACCCAAUAGCCUUGCCUAAGCAUCGGCCCACCCCUGACCCGGAAGGGGACCGGGUUCGAGCCGAAAUGCCCAACCAGCUUCGGAAGCAACUGGAGGCAAUCAUAGCCACCGAUCCACUUAACCCUCUCACAGCAGAAGACAAAGAAUUGCUCUGGCAUUUCAGAUAUGAAAGCCUUAGGCAUCCAAAAGCAUAUCCUAAGCUAUUUAGCUCAGUGAAAUGGGGAAAGCAAGAAAUUGUGGCCAAAACAUACCAACUGUUAGCCAAAAGGGAGGUCUGGGAUCAAAGUGCUUUGGAUGUUGGGCUAACCAUGCAACUCCUGGACUGCAAUUUUUCCGAUGAAAAUGUAAGAGCCAUUGCAGUGCAGAAACUGGAGAGUUUGGAGGACGAUGACGUACUGCAUUAUCUGCUACAGCUGGUCCAGGUAGGGGAUGCCUGUGUUAUCCACCGAGUGCUCUUCUUUGCAAGAGGAUGUACAUCCCCACAAUGUGUAUUUAUUGUGUUCAGAAAACAUCUGACUGCUUCCUUACAGGUUGAAAAGUGUAAAGUGAUGGCCUCUAAGAAAAAGCCCCUGUGGCUUGAGUUUAAAUGUGCUGACCCUACAGCUCUAUCAAAUGAAACGAUUGGAAUUAUCUUUAAACAUGGUGAUGAUCUGCGCCAAGAUAUGCUUAUUUUGCAGAAUGGGAAUAAUCAUCAUAUCUACACUAUAGGAUUAAUGCAAAGGAUCGACAUAAAACAGCAUUCAGGGGAGGUUGAUGAAGUUAUUUCACAACUUAAGCAAAAGCUUGAAAACCUACAGAAUUCAAGCCUCCCUGAGAGCUUUAGAGUUCCAUAUGAUCCUGGAUUGAAAGCAGGAACACUAGUGUGCCAUGUAAAUUCCAAUACAGCCCGGUGGUCUUCACCCUACUUAGUUACCAUAACAACAAUAACAGCCUUUUCUUCUUUCCAGGACGUCUGCGCUAAGGCUUAUCUAGCCCUUCGUCAUCACACAAACCUACUGAUCAUUCUGUUCUCCAUGAUGCUGAUGACAGGAAUGCCACAGCUAACAAGCAAAGAAGAUAUUGAAUAUAUUCGGGAUGCCCUAACAGUGGGGAAAAAUGAGGAGGAUGCUAAAAAGUAUUUUCUUGAUCAGAUUGAAGUUUGCAGAGACAAAGGAUGGACUGUGCAGUUUAACUGGUUCCUACAUCUUGUUCUUGGCAUCAAACAAGGAGAGAAACAUUCAGCCUAAUAUUUUGGGCUAGUUAAUGUUCCAACAAGUUAAUGUUCCAGAGCUUUAAAUGAGCAUGUCAAUCAUCAGCCAUGGAUUUAAAAUGUAACAGGGCAUUAUGAAAGCUGGCACUUCACAAAUAUAGCUCUUUUCCUGCUGAACUCUUCACUGGAAAAAAAAUAUUGGCAUAUCUGAUUGUUUAACUAAUGUUUAGUUCUAGGCUGUUUGCUGGUUUGUUUGUUUUUCUCAUUUAUCUCAGUGAUUUUGGAGUUCUAAGUUUAAACAGACUAAUCACGUCCUCCUUGUGCCUGAUGUUUUGACUAUCUCAUUAUUGAAUGCUUCUGGAAAUUCUCUAGAAUAAUUGGUGACAUCUAUUUUCAUCUGGGUUUACUCUCAAUUGUGGUUAUCCUUGUAUUCUUCAAGCUCUUUACAGAAAAAGAUGUAAUCAUUGUAACCCUUGUCUCAUGCCUUCAGCGCUAUUCCAGACAUCCCCUCAGUGUCUGCUGAUGUUAGUGAUGUGCUAAAAGCACGGAAAGCAAGUUCAUCUUUUCAGUGUCUUUUGCAAUUAGGUUCUUUUACAGUGUGCACUUGAGAUGCACAAAUGCAAAAUGGAAAAUCUGCACCUUUGUGCCCUGGCCCUUCUCUGCUGGUCUGGCUCCAAGGUUACGAAUAGGAAAAAUAGAGAUGAGACCAUUUAUCUCCACUCUGUCCACAGAGUGAAUUAUCAACUACAAUCAAGUACAGCUCCUAUUACAGCCUUCUCCAGCAUGGAAAUAUUGAUAGGAAGUAACUAAAGGCACUCAUUUUUGGGGGGUUUUAUAUUUUCCUCCCUCCCUCUCUUUCUCCCUGCUUCCCUCCCACAGCUCUUUACCCAGAAUUGUGAAAUCUUCAAGAACCUCUUUAUCCUAGAUUGAAAAAUUAGUUGAAAAAGAAUUUCUACUCUAGUGUUACUAGAAUUUUAGGCACUUAUUUGUAAAGAUGCUUGGAGGAGUUUUUGUUUGUUUGUUUUUUAAAGUAUAUUUUUAAAGGAGACAGUCUACAAAUUACGGAUUAGUGUUAAUCCAUAUGUGUUCAUCCAAAUGUGUUCAUUUUUAAUUGUGGUUUGAGCAGCUUUUUCUUUAGCUUCUAAUGGAAAAUGAUAUUAGAUAUCUAAAAAAGUAUCCAAGUUAGAAAGAACACUACUUGCCUACUCACCUAUCAGUUUAAAGAACUUUCAAACUUUGACAUGUUCUUCAGAUUUCUUAAAAUUAUUGAAAUGUCUUCUUUAAAAGUUAUUUUCAUCACUUAAAUAUUUUGCUAUUUAUUGGAAAUGUUGUUUAACCUUAGAGAAAUACCAUUAAAUUAUUUAUAAAAUGUUUUAAAAUUACCUACACUUAAUACUUUACAUAGGAUUAUCUGUUAAUGAUGUAUAUAUUUAAGUAUAUCAGAUAUAAAUGUAGAUUAAAUUUAACAUUUUCCAAAUAGAUACCUGUCUGACUUUGGUGUAGCCCAAACCUUUCUUUUUGUGUGCAAAAGUCCAGUGGUUCUUAACCCUCGCUGCAAAUAACAAUCACCAGGGAUACUUAAGAACACCCUGCCUGAGCACCAAUCUCAGGGUAUAAAUGAAUGAGUUUAGGAUUAGGCCCAGACAUCGGUGUUUUUCGAAGUACCCUGGGUGAGUCUAGCAUACAAAGUUCAGAAACCCUGCCUGGCCUAAGAAGGUGGAGGCAGCACUGUUUCCUUGCCCACUGAGCCUUCCCCGUGGCUCAUACGCUAUCCAGAAAGAGCUCCUCUUCCUUGAAAACUUGUCUUUUAAAAUCAUAUUCUGUCCCCCUGUACAGAGGACCAUGCCCUGUAAUGAAAUGUUUAUUCCUCUGUGAUAAUGGAGAAUAGACAUUUUAUGGUAUUUUUAGACCAACUGUUUUCUACCAUUUUUUUUAAAGAAGAACAGGAAGAAUGAUGCUUUUCAAUUCAGAAGAGGGUGCUUUCAUUAUUUUUAUAAAGAACCGCCAAGCUCAGACCUUGAACAAAUUUUACUUUUUGUUUGAAUUGCUGAAAUAAUCAUCUUCAUGAUAGAAGAAUUACAGAGGAAUGUAUGUAUAUUUAGCUUAUUGGCGCAUGUGCAUACAAAUUUACUCUUCAGAUGAACAGGUUCUUUCAUUAUGCUGAUAUACAUAUACAGAGGGUACCAAAAAUAUGUAUACUCAUUUUAAGA